AUGAGUGAACAAGGAGACGUGGGCAAUUCUGUGGCCCAAACAGCUUCCGUGGCUUCUGUGACUUCAGCACCCAAAAGGUCAAUUGUUAGCGUCAAUCCCGGCCAACAAAAGUCCAAGGGUCCAAACUUCUUUAUUCGCUUCAUAAGGUCAGUGUUUGGAUACAGAAAGACAUCCCUCUCGUUCUUUGUGUUUGUGACAUUUGUGGCUGUUUAUUUGUUGUCCUACGUGGACAACAGUCUCGAAUGGUCAGUUAGCUUGCCGUCCGAUGAAUUGGAAUCAUCUCUUUUAGAUGCUUCUUGGACUGACUUGCAGCAUAUUGGAGAAUUUAAACAUCCUUAUGGUUCAGUGGGAAAUGACUAUGUCCAUGAUUAUAUUGAACAGAAGGUCAAGCGCUUGAUCAAAGAAUCUAAGCUCCCCUAUAUCGAGUAUGACAAUGACUUGAAUAAUAACAAUUCUAUAUUGUUCAAGGAUACUUCUGGAUAUGUCAGUUAUUAUGAAAGCAACAACAUUCUUGUUAGAAUCAAUGGAACCAGAGACGACUUACCAGCGUUGUUGAUCAGUGCUCACUUCGACUCUGUACCUUCUAGUUACGGUAUCACUGACGAUGGUGCUGGAAUUGCUUCUCUCUUGGGAGUAUUAGACUACUUUACCUCGGAGAAGGUUCCUCAGCCAACCAGAACCAUUAUUUUCAACUUCAAUAACAACGAAGAAUUCGGCUUGUAUGGGGCCUAUGCUUUCUUAAACCAUCCAUGGUCCAAACUCGUCAAAUACUUUAUCAACUUGGAAGGUACUGGUGAAGGUGGUAAAGCUAUCUUAUUCAGAGGAACUGAUUAUGAGAUCACUAAAGAGUAUAAUGCGGUUAGAUUCCCAUAUGCUUCUUCCAUCUUCCAGCAAGCUUUCAACAGUAGGAUUAUCCACAGUGAAACUGACUACAAAGUGUACUUUGAAACUGGUGGAAUGAGAGGAAUUGACAUUGCCUUCUACAAACCAAGAGACAUUUACCACACCGGAUACGAUGAUAUUAGCCAUACUUCUAAGAAGGCCUUGUGGCACAUGCUUUCCAGUGCCUUGGACUUUGUCGAAACUUACCUUGAAGCAGAAAAGCCAUCUAAGCAGUUUGCUUCGUUUGUUUCUUUCCUCAACUUUUUCUUCAUUGUUUCCUUACCAAAGUUGAUAAUUUUCAACAUCAGUUUAUUGGUGCUCGUUCCUGUUGUGUGCUUCUUCUUGUUGUUAAUUAUAUUCGGCUACAAACAAAACUGGAGAUUGGGUUUUGUCAACUCGGUCAAGUUUCCAAUUUCUUUGGUUUUCUCCGUAUUUGUGGUUGACUUUGCUAAACAAACAAUGAUCCAAUUCUUUGAGUUUUCUCCUAAUUCAAGUGCCACCAGCAUGGCUCUCACUUUGUCUGCUGUGUUCUUAUUCUCCAAUUACUUGAUUUUGAACGGAAUCAAUUUCCUCUUCAGAAACUAUAAGUUUAUCCAACACGAUGAAAAGUUGAUUGUUAUCAUUCAAAUCUCUUUUGCUUAUUGGGUUUUAUUGAUAGCAUCGACUGUGAGAUUGUCAAGCAACAAGUUCGGAAAUGACCACACUGGUGAGGCCCUUCUUACUGUCUUAUUUGUCAUUCAGUCUGCAGGAGCCAUAUUUGGUUUAUUGGGAUGGUGUUUUAAAGCCUCCAAACAGGACUUAGAAUAUGAGCUUACUGCAGCCGGUGCCACGCAGCCAUUGCUUGUUGCUCAAACUGAUGAAUACGGAGCUGCUGACCAUGACCACCACACUCAUUCUGACAACUCCUACGACUGGCUUAUCCAAUUUUUGAUUGUUGCUCCCAUUCCUUUAUUGAUCAUUUAUAAUAACUCAUGGUUAAUUUUAUCCGGGAUCAACAAAUCCAUCCAGGAGUCCUACAAGAGUGAAUUGUUUAUUUACAAGCUCAUUGAGUACAUUGGAGUUGUUUGCGUGUUUCCAAUUUUACCAUUUGUUUUCAAGAUCAACAAAAUCAUCAUCUACACUGUCAUCGUUGGUGCCGUCUUAAACUGUGGUAUAUUAUAUGCUUCAAACCCAUUCAACGCUGAGAACCCAAUGAAAUUGAGAUUCAUUCAGACUGCUAAUGCAAGUGCUGAUAUUUCUGAGUCCUAUGCGACAGUAGUAGGUAGAUACGGCAGCGGUUUCGAGGACCUUUUGAAGGAUAUGCCUUCUGUUAAAGCUUCUGGGCUUGAUGUGAACUGUACAGAGCCUUUGGAUGGUUUAACCACUUGUUCCUAUAAGACCCCGUUGUCUCCUAAGUUGGUUCCUGGUGCUACUUCUUUCAGUGAUUAUUUGAGUGUCGAUAUCUUGAAGAACUCGAGCUCAUCGGCAUUUGGGUUGUUAAAUGGUGAAAUUCAAAUUAAUGCUCAUGGAAGUAGUAUGUGCAGUGUGCUAUUUGACUCUUCGAGAACCAAAGACUUACCUGUCAAAACGGUAAUAGUUUAUAAUCAUGAUAAGACGAAUGGUACUGUUAGCUCCAUGGCCACCCCAGAAGGAUUUUCAGUUGAUAAGGAUGGUAACUUCAUUUAUAAGGAUCUUGCUGGGCUUCCCGGUUUCAAAUUGAACAAGCUUGAUGACGAAAAGCCUUUCCAUAUCGCUUUUCAAUGGUUGCCAAGUCUACUUGACUCUGACUAUACUACUUCAAAGGAUUCCUUAAGUGUCGCUAUAAAAUGUCUUUGGGGUAACUUAGGAGAUGGAGACUCGCUCGUGCCAGCUUAUAAAGAACUAAACCACUAUUCGCCCACUACUGUAAGCUGGUCCAAUUUGGCAGGUGGUAUGGUUUCUGUUAGCACUACUAUUGAAAUCUAA